AUGUUGUCCAUGCAAAAGUCUCCCACCUUUAUCCUCCCUCCUCCCCCCGACCUCGAAAGUAACCCUUCCCAUGGCUACUUGACGCAUUCGCCGCCCUCCGACUGUCGCUCGAGUCUCGCCGACCACCCUGCCUACCCAGAUUACACAAUGAUGGGCGACUCGCUCCACCACCGCGCCAGCGUGAGCACCGACUCCUCGUCCAACGAGUCGCCCGAAUCAUGGGACGGCGACGGCCCUUCGGACAGUUCCCCUCCAGGCGACACAAAUAUAAAAAUCCCAAGAACCCUGAUCGGCCCAUCCACAAUCUUCCAGUUCAAUGUUGUCGCAUCCCCAGAGCCUGAUGUAGUGCCGAAAGUAGAGGAGUUGGACGACAGCGACGGGUUGCAGAGUAUCAAACCAGUCGGGGUGGCGCCCGCGACAACCACGGAUGCCACGGCUGUUCCCGUCAAUGUUCCACGGAAACGUGGCCGUCCGCGCAAGCACCCACUACCCAUCCCUGGGGGUCAGACCAAGGUUACCAAGGGCCGCUCCAAGACUGGAUGUAUCACAUGUAGACGUCGCAAGAAGAAAUGCGACGAGACCAAGCCUGCCUGCUUGAACUGCCAGAAGAAUGCGGUCGUCUGCGAAGGAUAUCCUCCGAAGGAGAUAUGGAGAAGUGGAAAGCAAAAGCUCGAAGAAGCCGCCAGGAAUAAUUCGAUCAUCACUCGUUCCCUUCCCAUCCUCAUCGACGGCAUCGAAACCGAUAUGGACCGAAAGCUCCUCGAUCACUUCGUCUACGGCUUCAGCCGAGUCCUGACCCUUAUCAACGAUGACUCGAACCCCUUCAAAGAGAUCCUUUUACCCAUGGCGACGCAACACCGAGGUUUGAUGCACUCGUUGAUGUGCCUGUCAGGGUCACAUUUGUCGGUCCUACAGCCGGAUUCAGGGGUGAAUGAACGAAGAUACUACCACUUCCAUCGCGCCAUUCGAGACUUGAAGGAGAAUAUCACCGCCAGACAGAACAUGACGGAGGAGGAGCCUGAGUUGCUGGUGGAGGACCCGAUCAUCGCUUCGACGAUCGCCCUCAGCCUGAACACUAUCUGUGAAGGAGAAACUAAUGGCGAGUACCGGCCACAUAUGGACGCAGCUAGGUACCUGCUCGUGACACAGAAGCCGCGCAAUGAGAAGUUCCGCCAGUUCAUUGUCGAGUUCUUCCAGUAUCACGACGUCUCUAACUCGAUCACUUCCUUGGAUCGACGACCGAUUUCGCUGGACGGGGAUUUGCGCCUCCCGGAUUUCGUACCGCACGCACAGGCCGCGACGUUCUUGGGUGUGUUUGAUGGGCUCUUCCGAUACAUCUCGCAGGUGACCCGACUACGUGACAGGAUCCGGCAGCGAUUCAGCGAGGGAUACGAACCGGCAGUCGACUAUCAGAUCCUCAGCGACGCCGUGCAGAUCGACUCUUCAAUCCGAACGUGGGAAACGUCACAUCCACCCAACACCGCAAACUUCUAUCUCGCCCAGUUGUACCGACAGUCAACCUGGGUGUACCUGUACCGUACCAUCCGACCCUCGCGACCAAGCGACAAAAUCGCCCAAGUAGUGGACGACGGGCUCGAGUUUCUGGAUCUGAUCCCUCAGGACGCUGGCGCUUUCAGCAUCGUGCUUAUGCCUUUGUUCCUCCUCGGAUGCUCCGCCUUCCUCCCCCGACAGCGCGAAAGAAUCCAAAAAGGCUUCGAAGCACUCAAGGCCUACUCCAACCUCCGCAACAUCGAGCCAGCCUUCAAAGUUGUGCGCCGCGUCUGGGAAGUCAUGGACACCAAGACCGAGGACAGCUGGGACUGGGAGAAGAUCAUCAAGGAGAUGAACAUGGACUUCCUCAUCACCUAA